AUGCCUGUUUUUCCUGAAUCACUAGAUGGAAAGCCCUAUACCAAUCCAGCAGUUCUUUGUGCAUCUGGCACUGAUGAUGAAUUCUUUAAAUAUAGAUGCCCUGAAGGAAGGGAGAUAUACUUCCAACAAUAUGGAGAGUAUAAUAUCCAUAAGAUUUGGCGGGAUGACGCAUUACCAUGCCGUGUUUAUCUUCGACACUGUGUCCUAGCCGCACAAAGCCUCGGCGAUGAAGCUUACAAUAACUUCUUGGACCACACCUUCAUUGCUGAUCGAGAAACAACAAUACGCCAGUACUUUGAGAAAAUGGGCACAAGCAUCAUGGAAGAAGAGCCUCCCGAAUCAUUAAAAACACGUUACGGCGGUUGA